AUGUCCCUGAGAACCCUCGGAGCGAAGGCGGCCGCAGCCCUCGACAAGGACCUGAUGAGCACCGGCGCGUUUUCCCUUGACCAGCUGAUGGAGCUCGCCGGUCUGUCCGUUUCUCAAGCUGUUUACCGUGUCCACCCGCCCAGCCGAGGUGUGAAUGUUCUGAUCGCUUGCGGCCCUGGCAACAACGGGGGCGACGGAUUGGUUGCCGCCCGGCACCUCCGUCACUACGGCUACAAGCCAACGAUCUACUACCCCAAGAGAAGCAAAAACGAUUUGUACCAAGUGAGUGAGGUUUCAUUUGAUUUUGUCUAUCUCGAUGUCCCCUUUGUCGACGAUUUCCCUGCGGCUCUUAAGUCGACGGAUCAUGUCGUGGACGCCAUCUUCGGGUUCAGCUUCUCUGGUGAGGUUCGGGAGCCGUUCCCCGCAGUGAUCAGGGCGUUAGAAGAGACCAAGUUGCCGGUGACUUCUGUUGACGCCCCUUCGUCGUGGAACAUCGAGGACGGCCCGCCUUCGUCUGGCCCUGGCAGCUCCUUCCAACCUGCGGUCCUCGUCAGCUUGACGGCACCAAAGCCGUUGGUGAAGCAUUUUAAAGGACGUCACUUCAUCGGUGGAAGAUUCGUAUCGCCGGGCAUUGCUGAAAAGUACAACCUAGACAUUCCGCAGUACGAAGGCAUCGACCAGGUGGUGGAAGUUGAUAUUAAGGGACAGAAGCUAUGA